GUGUACAAUUUCAAACCUGCAAAUUAAAAGCAGCGUCUCUUAAGCUUUCAAGGAUGGAUCAAAGUAACGGAAGUCUAGAUCUUCACCGUUUUCUCGGCGCACUCGGCCACAACAAAUGGAAGCUGUUUGGCAAAGCACUAGGCGUCAGUUGUGAGGUGCUGGAUCAGAUAGAGUUGGGUUGCUCAGAGGAGAACAGACUUACACAGGUUCUAAUACAGAGACAAAGGAGUGAGCUAACUUUGGAACACGUCAUAACCGCAUUGGAGGACAAUACAAUGGGAGAGGAUGGAUUGGCUCUGGGCAUUCGAAUGCAUCAAGAGUUUAAACAGGCAGAAAAUGGGCAAGAACCACCAACAAAGAGGAGAAGGCUAGAUGAGACUCACAAUAAAAAAACCUAUGAAUUGAGUAUGUUUGUACGACCAGAUAGUGCUGACAAGUAUCGCUGUUUUCACUGCAGCCUUGUCCCGGCUAGACCCCACCAAGCCCAAUGCGAACACAAAACAAUAUCAUGUGAAGCUUGCAGCACAUUCAAACAAUGUUCCCUUGAAUGUAAUUUCACUCGUUACAAGUACAACGCAAAAAUGGCCGACAAAGUCCGUCAUUUGAAAGUACACUGUCUGAAUAAGGAGCAUGGAUGCGAAAAUACAAUGGUCUUGUCAUCACUGAGCGAGCAUUUGCAACAGUGCCAAUUUCAAGAGAUUCCAUGCACAUAUACAGUGAUUGGAUGUUCAGAAAUGGUCAGGAGAACAUAUAUGGCCGAUCACAUCAACACUGGCGGUAGUAAUAGCCACUUCCCACAAGCUGUUGAAACUAUAACGUCUCUCCCAAGAGCUCAAAGAGAGGCAGUCCAGCUUAGUGGUGCCCAUGCAUUUCAAGAUCGGACCAGUCGGAAAGGGCAGGAAGAAAACGCUACUAAAAAAGGGCCAAUUUUCUACAGCCAUCAAAAUGGAUACAAGCUACAACUAAAGAUAGGCAUUCACGUCAAUCGAACCACGAGCCAGUUCAACCUGAUUCUCUGCUCAGUUUCAGGAGAGAACGAUGGCAAUCUCGUGUGGCCAGUCAGUGGUACACUAACAGUUGCCCUGCUGAAUCAACACAAGAACCAGGGCCACUGUAUAGCCAAUAUCGAGUUCAUGAUGGAGGCAUGUUCCCAGACUCCGAUAUUUGAGACUCGGUUCCAAUCUCCUAACGAUUACAUCACAGCGAAUGGGGAGGGAGAUUUACAGUUCUGCAUUUUGAAGAUUGAGCUAAACGAGCAAUGCAAGCCUUGGUUACUAGACCCAAGCACCAUCAACACUAGUGCCUAGUACACAAGACUCAGUGCAUGUAUAGAAAAUUACUUGCAUAGUAGUAGUGAUCCAGCUUAGGGUUUAUUUUGAACAAUGUUUACUGUCUUGUUUAGUCGAGCGUCAGCUAUUAUUGUACUAGCUUCACAUUACAAUGCAUGUUACUUAGGGAUACCUGUACAUGUACAUACUGUUUACAAAAGUUUAA